AAGAAGAAGAAGAAGAAGAAGAAGAAGAACAGCUUCCGGGUAAAAAAAAAAAAAACAUGUCUUCUCCCGUCGGGGUGUCGGCACCGGCUUUUGGUCGUUCUGCCGUCCCUGCUUUCCCCUCGGUGGCUUUGUCCGCCGACGCCGCUCCGUUCACUCCCGGACGGGCGGACAGCUCGCUGUCGGACGCGGAGAAGCAGUUUUCCCGCUGCGCCGCGAAGCUCUGGUCCCUGCGAGCAGACUGCGGCCAGCUGAGAGAGGAGCUCAACCAGCUGUUUGACCAGCUGCUUUCAGAGAACUACAACAAGAGCUGCGAGCUUCCCAUCACCAUCCGACCAGAGGAGGUGUGUAUUCUGCUGAAACACACCAGUGGUCUCGUACCGCUAAACCAAGAACAUUUAGUUGUCAAAUUCUGUCAACUAGUCCAUCAUCUCCUCAAUCAGCUGAAGGUAAUAAUGGACGAGCGAACGCUGGAUGUGCUGGUGAACUAUACAACCGAUGCCCUGAAACAAUGCAGUACAUGGACCCACUCAGAUGUCCUCUUGGCUCUUUCCACAGUAGUGUACGGGAAUGGAUCUCAGUGCCACCAGCUUGUCAGUAAUUUACUGCGCGAGGAUGGCGUCAUUCUGCAGUACAGCUGUCCAUCUCAGCCAAAUAUUGAGUUGCGCCAUGUUGCCCUCACCUGCAUGGCCAACAUCUGCCUCAGGAUCCCUGGUCAGCCGCCUCUGGACGAUCAGUACCGAAGUGUUUGUUUCAGAUAUUUCCUGAAGACGCUGCAGUCACCCAAACCUCCCAACACUGAUGAUCUCUUCCACUGCAUGGUCAUUCAGGCAGCUCUGAAGGGACUUCAGUUCUGUCUGUCAGGUGGGAAGUGGAAAUUUGGAGGAGGAGAUGAGCUUGGAUCUGUACUGGCUGCACUGAAGAGACUCAUGUUCCAGGGAGCUCCUGGUUUGAGUGUGGACUGGCCAGCGGUACUUUUCCCCACACCUCUUUCGCAGUAUGAAGGUCCCUCUCCACCAAAGCCGGCUGAACCACCAAAAACUUCAGAGUUGUCAAAGGAGGUUGAUAAGACAGGAAAAGCUUCAGGAAAAAAAAAGAGGAAAUCCAAAGGAAAGAAGAUGAAAACUGAGGAGAGCAGAGUGGAUGACAGAGAGGAGGAAAAUAAAGAAGUGGUGCCUGAACUCCACAGAGCUGGAGACGGCAGCAGAGAUGAUGGGGAGACCUUACCCAAACCACCCGCCUUGUUUCUCUACCCAUCCUGGAAGCUGAACAGUUCUGAAUCUGAGUUUUCAGACCUUGAGGGAAAUGCACAGAGCAAGUUACGAGUUUACCAGUGUCGUGUUCGUCAGUUAGCUCUGCACUCUAUGCUAGUAGUGGUGAAAGCUGUGGAGAAGAGGACCCUGUAUGGAUACUGGUCCUCCUUCAUCCCAGACUCUCCUGCUGGUGGACCUCCAUCUCUAACUCUCCUCACAAUUAUAUUAAAGGACCCGUCACCAAAGGUGCGACUGUGUGCGCUUCAGGUGCUGUCAGCCAUAUUGGAUGGCUCCCGGCAGUUCCUGGCUGCGGCUGAAGACACGGCGUUACCUCGUACGUCUUACACCCCUUUCUCUUUCAUGUUGGCUGCGACCAUCAGAGAGCUACACCGCGGCCUCAGCCUGGCUCUUGUGGCUGAGACUUCCUCUCAAACACUCACACAGGUCAUAAAGGGCCUGGCCUUCCUUGUGGCCAACGCUCCCUAUCAUCGCCUCAGACCUGGUCUGCUAAGCCUGCUCUGGAAGCAGAUUCGUCCUUAUGUGCGCCACAGAGAUGUGACAGUACGUGGGUCUGUGUUGAGACUGUAUGGGGCUAUAGUAACGGCUCAGGCGCCCCUCUCUGAGGUGCAGCUUCUUCUCCAGCAACCAGAAAGUCUCGGCAGCGGCAGCAUCUCUGGUUCAGUCACACCGCAGGACUCUGCUCUCAGCUGGAGACACAGGAACGGAGCAUCCUUGCCUGUUCGUACACCAGCAGCAUCUUCCCAACAAAAUUCGUCCACACACUCCCCCCACCUUCCUCACACGCCAAGAGAGGAGGAGAACUCCUCACUGUGGCUGCUGAGGCUGUGUGUGUCUCUGGUGACUCAGCCCAGAGAGGACCAGUCAGACAGUGAGGGAGCUGGAGGGGGCGUGGCUUUAGAGCCCUCUCCUGUUCGACUAGAAGCUCUGCAGGUCUUGUCACACCUGGUACGGGGUUAUUUUCCUCUUGCUCAAUCAAGCAUGUAUGAGAUUGGGCAGGUUAGCGCUCGCUGCCUUGGGGAGACAGACCCCUCCAUACAGCUACACAGUGCAAAGCUACUAGAGGAGUUUGGUGCAGGAAUAAUCCAACAAUACAGAGCUGAGAACAACGUUCCUGAAAGCUCCAGGAUUCCUGUAAACCAGGUGGUGGGGUUUUGGUCCGAGGUGCUGAGCGGGCCACUGAAUACAGCACUGCAAAACGAACAACAUCCCACGCUACAGGCGAGCGCCUGCGACACACUCGCCUCCAUCCUGCCACAGGCCUUUGCCCAGCUGCCGGAUAAAACCCAGCUGAUGUGCAUCACUAUGCUGCUGGGCCUGACCUACAUUGAGAACUAUCUGGUGAAGAUGGCAGCUGUCAGGGCUUUGGGAGUUUACAUACUGUUCCCUUGCUUGAGAGAGGAUGUCAUGUUUGUGGCAGACACUGCGAACAUCAUCCUCGCUGCUCUUGAUGACCGAUCUACGAACGUCCGUGCAAAGGCUGCGUGGUCCCUGGGAAACCUCACAGACACCCUUAUCAUUAAUAUGCAGAACGUAGGUGUGGGUUUCCAGGAGGAAUUGUCAGACAUGCUUCUACUGAAGAUGCUGCAGGCAGCAACUCAAGCAGCUGCAGACAGAGACAAGGUGAAGUGCAAUGCAGUGCGAGCACUCGGAAAUCUGCUUCAUUUCCUGCGUCACAGCCAGAUGACUCGGCCUGUUUUCCAACGCCCUUUGGAAUACGGUGUUCGUGCUCUGGUCAAAACCGUCCAAUCAGACGCUGCAAUGAAAGUCCGGUGGAACGCCUGUUAUGCACUGGGAAAUGCAUUCAGAAAUCCCUCCCUGCCGCUCGAAACUGCCCCCUGGGCUCAGGAUGCAUUCUCUGCCCUCUGCCAUGUGGUUACCUCCUGCGAAAACUUCAAAGUCCGCAUAAAAUCAGCCGCCGCCCUUGCGGUCCCCGCCCAGCGCAGCUGCUACGGGAACACUAAGCGCUUCAUCUGCGUGUGGAGCUCUCUGUCUUCUGCCCUCGAAAACAGCGAAGAUGCAGUCGACUUCCUGGAGUACCGCUACAGCACCAGCCUCCGACACACGCUCUCAGAGGCUCUUCUGCACCUGCUCAGCCUCAGCAAGCUGCAGGACAUGCCUGAACUCAGCGCAUCACUGGCUGGGGAGGAGGGCAGAGGGAUUAAAGAGCAUUUACUCAAGUAUCUGAAAGCAGAGGAAGGAGAAGAAAAAAUGGGAGGAGAGGAUGAAGCACGAGAAGAGAGGAAUUCGGGGGAGGAGAGUAACCACCCACAGCAAAGAGUGGUUGGACUCCAGCAGACACUUGUCAGGCUUAAGGGCCUGGAGGCUGAAGAGGAGGGAGGGGAGGAGAAGGAGGUGGUGGUUCGUUUCCUGGAGGAUCUGUUGCAGAUAUGCGAGGAGCUUUAGAGAUUUACUUUAAAAAGCUGAGUCUAUGCAAACCAGACAAACUGGAAGAGUAAGAGAAGAGCAGAUCAAUCAUGAUACAUUUGAACCACAACACGUUUCAAUGAUUGAUUGCAGUCCGGAUGUCCAUCUAUCAUUUAGAUUUUGAACCACACUACACGGCUAGAGGGAUGAUGACUCAGUGUACAGGCAUAUUUUACAUAUCUUUUGUAGUAUUUCAGGAUUUCUGAGGGCAGAGUUGUGUUCAAAAUAAUAGCAGUGUUUAAAAAACACGAAUAAAUCUCAACAUCCUUGGAAUAGUUUUCAUUUCCAUGUAUUGGGAACACUAUACAUUAUAUUCUAUGUAAACCAUGAAGAAGAAUGUUUCAAUCAUUUAAUCACAUUACAGAACAUGACAGAAAAUGAACAUUGGGCUGUUUAACAAAAUGGCAGUAUGCAUUUUUCUUUACACACUCCAAUACUUACUGAAUAAACUGGAAAAUCUGUGUUGCAUAAAGUCCAAGAACUGCUGGCCAGGUAUUCCAGCCCAGGAUGAUUUGACAACAUUCCACAAUUUUCUCUGCAUUUGUGGUUCUGUUCUUUUUGUCAGGUGUUCAUGGAGAAAUGCAUGUACAGCUGGCAUCAUCCUUACAUAAGGGCAACCUGAUUGACACCUGAUUCUUCACACAAACUCAGGAGCAUGCAUAUAAUGAAUGUUGGUUCUGUUGGUUUUUUAUGACUACUACACCUUAAAGUAAAUUAUUUGCUAUGUAUUAAUAUGAUUUCUAUCAAAAACAGUGAUUGAUGUGGUUAGUCUACUUGGACUGCUAUUAUUCCGAACACAAAUGUUAAGGUUUAAAGAGUAUUUUCUCUGCAGGGAUCCAUAUUUUGUUUCAAAGUUUCCUUUUCUGUCACAAAACUACAGUGCCUUGCAAAAGUAUUCAUACCCCUUGAAUGUUUUGAUGUAACAGCCAUGUAUGCCUGUGUAUUUUAUUGAGAUUUACUUGGAGGUGGGAGGAAAAGAAUAGACUUUUUUCAAUUUUAUUUUUACAAAUAAAAUUCUAGAAGCUG